UACCCAAUAACUAUCAAUGUUGAAUAGUUAUUUCAACUGAUCUCAGUGUAUUAAAGUUAUUCUUUACAAAGCAUAUGUGUUUUUGAUUUAAUCUUAGGUUUGAGUGAAGAUGCAUUAUCUCAGAUUCCAAGUGACAAAGAAUUGUUCCGGCUGUCUGUUAAUUGUGAGACACGCAUGCUACACGAUUUGGCUCUCCAUCUUGAAAUGGAAGAAAUGGUAUGGAAUGACAUGGAAGACAAUUACCAAGGAAACAUACAGAUUGUCAAAUUUAUGACACUUAUGCAUUUAAAAGAGAAUAAUGAAAUCAGUUUUGGAGACUUAGACAAUGGAUUGAGGGAAAUGGAAAUAACAACACAUAAACUAUGUGUGGUAAGGCGGAUAAAACAAGUUAAAUCUAGUAUUCCUGACGAUAUUCUGGACUGUAUUCCAUCAGAUGAAAUUUUAGAUAGAUUAGCACCGCUGAUUGGCAAGAUGUUCUAUCAACUAGGAAUAGAACUUGGACUGUCUGUAGAAGUUAUAGAGAGCAUUAAAGAGAAAUAUGAUCGUGAUUUGACAGCACAGAAUAAGGAAGUGUUGUUUACAUGGAGGAAAGACAGAACCGUGAAACCUACAAUACGUGUUCUUGAGCAAGCUUUUGUUAAUAUUGGUAAAGGAGCAAGGUGUUUAAAGGAGGUUGUAAAGGAUGUUGAUCCCAAUACACUUACAGCAGUAGAAAUGGUUACAGAUAGAAUCAGGGAAAACAAAAACAGAAUCAUACAAGAUAUACAAAUCUGCCAAAUUUUAGACCAUAUGAUGACACAUUUGGUGAUCUCAGCAGACGACAGACUUGAUAUUGAACAUCAUCCUCGACAUGAUGACCAGAACGAAGCAUUGCUGGAUAUUGUGAUUAAAAGGAGAGAACCUGCUUACAGUGUGUUUGUUGAAGGAUUACGUAAUUACGGAUACGAAGAUAUCGCUGAUGAUUUGCAAUGUGCUACACACGAUAUCAGUCACAGUCCAACAUUAGUGUCUGCUGAAAAUGAAGGUUUAUCAGUUUGGAAUGUUCCAUUGUAUAAAGUUCGUCUACAAAAAAAUUACCUCAAGGUUAUCUCUGAUAUUCAACAUGAGAGCAUAGUAGAUCAUCUUAUAUCAAGAGAGGUGGUGUCAGUUGAUGAUGGGAAGAAGAUAGAAUCUGGUAAAACCCCACAGGAAAAGAACAGGAUUUUGAUGGACAUGCUUUUGCGUAAAAAUGAACAAGGAUUUAAUGAAUUUCUCAAAGCUCUACGAAAAGACUCAAUGUAUGCUGACCUAGCAGAGCAAAUAGAGAAGACAGAAGUUACUAGUACAGAUAUGGCAACUCUUCAUAAAUGCUUAAAAUAAAAUAAAUGUAGUUUCUUUGAGAAAGAAAACUUUACACAAUUAAGUAAAGACAGCUAACACUAGUAAACAAUUACUAGGAGAAAGUAUAGUCGAUCUAAUGAUCAAGGAUUUAUUCACCAUCUAGCAUACUAGUGAUUAAAAUAUUUAUAUUAAACAUACGUCAUAUAUGAGUGUCAUACAUGGCAUGACAGAUACUAACAUGUGUACUAACACCUUUUUAUGAUUGUUUCAUCCUUAAUUUCACUACACAUUUCCAAUUGACAUGGCUAAGUAGUUACUGUCAUUGCUUUAUUGUGCUAUGGUUAUGUGUUGUAUACUUGUCUUUCGUUUUUGACAAUGUGCUGUGUCGAUAUGCUAUUUGGAUUUGUUAUAGUGAUUUUGAUUAUAUAUAAUACAAUGUUGACUGCUGUACCCUUAUUGUUGACCAUCUUAUAUAGUAUGUCAGCUACUUUAAAUGUAAGCUUGUAAAUAAAAAUGUGUCUUCAUCAAUAAGGUUUUUAACAAAAAUGCAACAAUAUGCUCAUAUUAUGUAAAUAUAGUUAUUGCUUAAAAAUCACAUUCAAUUUGUUUUUGACAUAAUGCAUAUGUUAUAUCAAAUGAAAUUAUUUUUCAUUCAUCAGAAAAAAGAUUUUAAAUCCAAAUAGAUAAGUGGCAAUUGUUUGGUAUAUUAUGUAAUGAAAUAUUUGAAAGUGUUUGAGAACAUAUCACAAAACAUUUAUGGACUUACAUUGAAUCAAAUUGUGCGUUUCUACCUAGUAAGGUUAUCUACACCAUUGUGUUGUUUGUUUGUGUUUAAGCGCAAUGCUAUUAAACUUUCUUAUUGAUUUGCCCUUUUAAUAUUUUUAUUAUAUUCAAUUAUAUUCAAUAGAGAUUAGAUUUUGUGAGGCCCCUCAUGGGGAUGCCUGAGUGAUCAUAUAAUCACUUAUUUUUACCAAUAUAAUCACAGAAUCAUUAUUUAUUUUUCUAAACAAGAUAAUCAAAUAAUCCAAAAUGCAGUCCUAAAUUAUCAAAUAAUUAAACAAUCAUAAAAUAUUUGGUCUGGUAACCAAACAACCAAAUAACCACUAUAAAAACAGCUGAAUAAAGAAAUACUCAAUAACCCCACGAGGAGGAUUUUUGUCAGAUAUGAUUUUGCAACAAUUGGUAUAGUUUGAUUUCAUGAUAGAUAUUUUUUUCCUUGCACUCAAUCACCCGAAAUGUGUACUUUAAAAUCUUAUGCCAGAUUUGUCAUCAAUUUGUCAACGUUUUUCAAUGCUUAUACAUUUUGCCAUCAAACAGUUAGCUAUACAUUAAUACAACUGUUUUAUUUUAAAUAUAUAGAAACUUUGUUAUUUACAAAUUUAAUAAGAUAUGAUACAGUUGUGUUUUUGUUGUUGAUGUGAUUAUUGUAGCACUAUAUGUGUGUACGAACUGUCUUAUAUUUGUAUAUAUGUAUAAUAUGUUUGUGCAUUCUACUACCCUUAAAGGUAAAAUCAAA